AUGGGCCCAGCCCAAGUGGUAGCCCAAUUGAGAGGCAAAAUGGACGGCGUCACAACUGGAGAGAGGAAUAAAUACAUUUCGGUAAUCUGCAUUCCGAGGGAGUUCCACACGGCUAGGGAUUCCCCAAAAUUGUGGCUUCAGAAAUCCCAAACGGACAUGAGUUUUGAACAAAUCACACGCAUUUUGAAGUCCCUGGGGAGGGAAAAACCAUCAUGGGAAGAGAAAAAAAACACAGAAAGGAAAGUCAGUUUGGUAUUACCACAUAUAUAUAAAGAAUGCGAAAGAAACUACAUCCACUUUUCUUGCAUUUUACACAACCUUCACAAGUUGAGAGAUAAUUUCACCAAGGAGUAUACGGAAGAGGUGUACAUCAAAAUGGAGGAGUUAUUCCUUCGCAACGUUAGUCUCUUCACCAUCAAGGAGAUGACGAUCAUAUUAAAAUGUUUAGCGGAGGAGAGAAAGGUGAAGUGCCACAAGAUGGUGCAAUUCUGCGCGUACAAAUUUAUGCACUUCCUAUGUAUAGACAUUUUACACAAAAUGAGAAAGGAGCCUUCCUUAUGUUUUAACUUCCUUUCCGUUCUUUGCACACAUUUUAAGGGGUGCAUAGAGAAUUAUUUUUCCUCCAAUGUGGGGAACCCAAACAGGGAGGAUGAAAUGGACCGUUUUUACGAAGCCUUACGAAAUUUUGGAAGCACCAAUGAUUUCGGAUUUUUUGUGAGUUUCCCAGAAAAAGGAUCUCCCAUAUGUGGAAGCAACCUUUUCAACCUGCACGAUGUGUCUGCUUUUAUGUUUUUUUUGAAGAGAUGCAAAUCGGCUUGUUCUCCAAUGUACACGUUCCUUUCGCAUGUGUACGUGUCGGUGAGCUUCCUGGGGGAUAUGGCCCUCCCUCUUUAUUCGAUGUUGGAACGUCACUUUUUGAAGUUCGAAAGGGGUCCGAAGUUUUGCUUUUCCGGGGGGAGUCGCGCAGGGGGGGCUGCUCCCUCGGAGGAGCAGGUGGAGGAUACCGACGAGAAGGUAAUCGAGGAGGACGUGUGGGAACACCCCGACGAAGUGGCGGACUCACAGAAUGGCCUAACAUCAAUAGCAAAAGGCGAAAUAAUGCAGUACAUCUCACACUUAUUGCAGAGUGAGAGCCACUUCAACCGUAGUGCUGCUCCACAUGUGCUUAAGAAGGGGGGUAAAGAACGUGGGGCCAUGCGGGAGAACGUCCACAGCAUGGCCGUCAUCAUCCACAGUAGUGUCAAAGCGAAGGAGCGAAACGUAUUCACAUACGUUUUGGCAAAUUACCUGCUACUAAAAUGUGCGCCUUUUUUAAAUUUAAUCGACAUAUGCAACAUGUUAGAAUUGUUCAUCCUUGACGGAACAACUGCUGCCGGGGCGGACGUGUACGACGCAGUUUUUGCGAAGAUCCGGCGGUUGAUCUUGGCCGAGGGGAGCAGCAAAACGAUGGCAAUAUUGUGCAUAAGUAGUGCGCGGCUGAGGGGAGAAAUGCGUGCAUACUUCGUGGACCACAUCCUGGCGCUGUACCGAAUCGUUUUGCAGAAGGGGAGGGGGUUAUCUGGAGAAUACACCAACAACAAUCGGAGAAAUCACAAAAAUUUGUCGUUCCCUUUUGGAAGAGAAAACACCGUGAUUUUUGCCAGCGUGGGUAAUUUUCUGUCCAGCCAUAAAAUCAGUUCCCUCUUUUAUUUACUCUACUUGAGGAAGUUCAACGACUUUUUAAAUGCCUUGCUUGUUCAUAAAAAAAGGGGCCAUUGUUAUACCCCCGCGGUGAGCGUAAUUGAUAUGUACGAUUUGCUCAAAACGUUUGUCAGCGUUUUUAGGAUGUACGAAAAAAGCGGCCAUUAUGACGGAAGACGAAGGGAAGAAAUUGCAUCACAUUUGGAGAAAUCCUCUGAAUAUUUGCUGCAAUUUUUGGAGGACAUUUGCUUCGAAAAAAUUGUUUCUGUGGAGGGGCAUUUUUCGAAGGGCGCGCCGCUUUCAGAGACGGAUCGUAUGAAGAGAAUAAAAAUUCUGAACAGGUCAUGUUAUUUUUUCACCUUGUUACUCCCCAUGAUUAAAAAAUUGCAAAUGGGGGACAUCAUUAAUGAGAGGACUGGGAAGUUACUAACCCGAGUUUUCACGUCUUUUAAAACCAGCAUAAGCAAAACUUACCAAGACGAGCUUUUUAGCGCCAACUGCAAGGGCGGCCAAAGCAGCAAAAGUUAUGUGCACGUUUGGAACUUUUUUUUUAUGCUGAAUGAUGCGCGCGGCGGGGGAGGAGCAUUUUGA